CUCCGAUCUAACGACUGAUGACAACAACAAAUAUCGUAAUUCUGUGCACACGUGGAGUACGGCCUGUGUGUAUGGUCAACGUUUCACAUGUCGUCAUGUCUAAGUGCCGUACACGUGUGUUGUGUCGAAGUACUUUUAUCAGGCCAGAUGUGAGUUCAGUUUUGAACUGAGUGUGUGUUUGUUUUGUUUUUAAAUGGAUAAACACAGUGGGUGCUGUGCUCUCCACAAGUCCUAGGAUUUACUACUGUCGGAGAUAAGCAACUGAGAAUUGGGGUAGGCCUACAUCAAUCAGUAAGUAAGUACGACAUUGCCAGAUACGUUUGUUUAGUACGGACAGGUCACACACACAAAAAAACAAAAAACGCCACCAUGUCAACCACUUUACACACCACUUUUAAAGCCGCUGUGCACAGUAACUGCCAGUGAUGUGUUUGGGUUCACAUUCCGUCGCCAUAAUACAGCGGGGUCAAGAGUCAAGGGUCAAUGAGUUUGCAGUCGUGCGUUACUGUUGCUUUAGACGCCACACACCUCCAAUCUUGCGCUAUUGAUAGAGAGAAAUAGACAUGAUAUGUAUGUUUGAAUGGGGUGCGUGUCCUGCUUCUGGGUAACAAAGGCAUAUUUUUUUUCCCUAUUAAAUUUGUUGAAUAGGCUACCACAUUUAACUUCCCGGUCAGGAGAGCAUAGGAAAGGAUUGGACCCGCCACAAAGGGGAAUAACUGAUGAAAGUGAAAAUAAUUAGUUAUGUAAGGAAGAUCGAUGUCGGUUGUCCCACCUUUAAAAUUCUUGCCCGCCAUUGAUUGUAUUUUGAUUUAAACUAAGGACAAGCUUAUCCAGUGGUAGUCAAUUUAUGAACGGUUGAUAUGGUAUGAGCUGAAAUAAGCCAUAGGACACCAACUUUGAGAUAAAGCCGUUUCUAAAAAAUCUCCAGCGUGUAACCGUAAGGUCCACCAAUGGGGUCGUUAUCACAUCAUGUUUCAUUUCUUGACUCCAGUUUAUGUAUUUAGACAAAUUAGAGUACAGUCGAAAUCACUUAAUUCGACCCUGGUUAACUCGCCAACCCUGUUAAGUCGACGUUUUUGACGUGGAACCGCCGAAUUCUCUCUUUGUCUCAUUUUCUCAUCGGUUGUGUCGGUUCUUUUAUGUCGCCGAACCCGGAUAUCUCGAGCACUAAAUGGGGCCAAAUUUGCCACUUAACUUCGGUCAUCUCGAUCUCCAUGACCAAUCGCCGGCUUUUGAACUCUGCAAGAAGAAACAGCAAACGACAAAUACAUAAUUUUUCAUAAUUAAAAAUAAUUAUUUAAUACUCAAAAUACAGCACUGUGUUUUAGAAUGAACCUAGAAGUAGUUUGGAUAAAUAUGUUUUAAUAUGAGGUUUUAAAAUCCAUUACAGUCCAUUAUUAUACUGUGCCAAAAUUGAAGGUUCAAAAUAAGUAGUCCCUAAUAGGGGUCGCAAAACUGGACCCUUUUGCCAAAACCGGUAUUUUCGAUUUUGAUGUUUACUGAUGCAGGAAUCCCGAUAUUUUCGAUAUUUUUCGGUAUUUAGAGAAUUUUUAGUCGAUAUUCGAGAUUAGAGGUGAGAAUGUUUCGAUGAAAUAAAAACAUUCAUCAAAUGAAAAAAAAAAAAAUCAAGUAGUUUUAUGAAUGAAAUAUUAAAAUAAUUGCUGUUGUUUUAAUCGUUGGUCAAAUUUAAAUAAUGAGAUCGCAAAAAUAACAACUAAAAUAAUGUCUAAUGUUGUUGACUUAAAAUUGAUCGUGGUGACGAGAACACCCGCUCUGACUCCACACUGGUGGGAGGAGUAGACCUUAGGCUCUAAUACGCAAUAUCUAGAUAUUUUCCUCUUGAACCGCCAUUCUCAAAUAAAGCCAUUUCUAUUUUUACCAAUGUAUCCAUGUCUCCAUCUGUUGGUCUGGAAGCAUUAUCAUGAGCCUGAAUUUUCUUUUGUAUUUAAAUUUCUAAUUGUCUCUUAAGCAGCUAUGUAUCUACAAGUUCGUCAUGCUCAGAUCCAAGAUGUUCAAUUUCAUUGUUCAUAGAUAUUUUCAACGAGGAAGCUGCUGUCUGACCAAGCUUUUGAAUAUUCACUAUACGUUCUCGCAUCUGGUCGCAAUCUGACCUUAGAAAUACGUCCAACUAAGUAGUAAGUGGAAUGUGCAGACUUUAAAUGAGGAUGUAGGCCUGAUGUUGUACCUCCCAAUGGUUUAAGUAUCAUGUUACAUCUAAUGCAUUUAGCUGAGAGAUUGUCCGCAGCUUUCAAGAAAUAAUACCAAACUGGUGUCUUUGUUUCCGAUAGUUUCAUAUUCUUUUCAUAUAAUUUAGGUUUAUUUUUUUCAUGGUCCCACAUUUUUUUCUACCAACCUGAAGGGAAAAUAAAUCCUUAACAAAAAUGUAUUUAUUGCAUGAAAUUAGUUUGACAGGUAAAACGUUUAAAUGUUUAAAUUUUCAUGUAAAUGUUUAGCUAAGUACGGUACAGACAAACUGGGUCAUUCAGUCGUAUAAAUGUUUAGCUAAGUACGGUACAGACAAACUAGGAAAUUGAGUCAUGUAAAUGUUUAGCUUAGUACUGUACAGACAAACUGGGGCAUUCAAUCAUGUAAAUGUUUAGCUAAGUACUGUACAGACAAACUGGGACAUUCAGUCAUGUAAAUGUUUAGCUAAGUACGGUACAGACAAACUGGGACAUUCAGUCAUGUAAAUGUUUAGCUAAGUACGGUACAGACAAACUGGGACAUUCAGUCAUGUAAAUGUUUAGCUAAGUACGGUACAGACAAACUGGGACAUUCAGUCAUGUAAAUGUUUAGCUAAGUACGGUACAGACAAACUGAGACAUUCAGUCAUGUAAAUGUUUAGCUAAGUACGGUACAGACAAACUGGGUCAUUCAGUCGUAUAAAUGUUUAGCUAAGUACGGUACAGACAAACUGGGACAUUCAGUCAUGUAAAUGUUUGCUAAGUACGGUACAGACAAACUGAGACAUUCAGUCAUGUAAAUGUUUAGCUAAGUACGGUACAGACAAACUGGGACAUUCAGUCGUAUAAGUGUUUAGCUAAGUACGGUACAGACAAAGUGGGAAAUUCAGUCAUGUAAAUGUUUAGCUAAGUACGGUACAGACAAACUGGGACAUUCAGUAAUGUAAAUGUUUAGCUAAGUACUGUACAGAAAAACUGGGAAUUCAGUCAUGUAAAUGUUUAGCUAAGUACGGUACAGACAAACUGAGAAAUUCAGUCAUGUAAAUGUUAGCUAAGUACUGUACAGACAAACUGGGAAUUCAGUCAUGUAAAUGUUUAGCUUAGUACUGUACAGACAAACUGGGACAUUCAGUCAUGUAAAUGUUUAGCUAAGUACGGUACAGACAAACUGUGAAUUCAGUCAUGUAAAUGUUUAGCUAAGUACGGUACAGACAAACUGGGACAUUCAGUCAUGUAAAUGUUUAGCUAAGUACGGUACAGACAAACUGGGACAUUCAGUAAUGUAAAUUUUUAGCUAAGUACGGUACAGACAAACUGAGACAUUCAGUCAUGUAAAUGUUUAGCUAAGUACGGUACAGACAAACUGGGACAUUCAGUCAUGUAAAUGUUUAGCUAAGUACGGUACAGACAAACUGGGACAUUCAGUCAUGUAAAUGUUUGGCUAGGUACGGUACAGACAAACUGGGACAUUCAGUCAUGUAAAUGUUUAGCUAAGAACUGUACAGACAAACUGAGACAUUCAGUCAUGUAAAUGUUUAGCUAAGUAUGGUACAGACAAACUGGGACAUUCAGUCAUGUAAAUGUUUAGCUAAGUACUGUACAGACAAACUGACACAUUCAGUCAUGUAAAUGUUUAGCUAAGUACGGUACAGACAAACUGAGACAUUCAGUCAUGUAAAUGUUUAGCUAAGUACUGUACAGACAAACUGAGACAUUCAGUCAUGUAAAUGUUUAGCUAAGUACGGUACAGAUAAACUGGGACAUUCAGUCAUGUAAAUGUUUAGCUAAGUACUGUACAGACAAACUGGGACAUUCAGUCAUGUAAAUGUUUAGCUAAGUGCGGUACAGACAAACCGGGAAGUUCAGUCAUGUAAAUGUUUAGCUAAGUACGGUACAGAUAAACUGGGACAUUCAGUCAUGUAAAUGUUUAACUAAGUACUGUACAGACAAACUGGGAAUUCAGUCAUGUAAAUGUUUAGUUAAGUACGGUACAGACAAACUGGGACAUUCAGUCAUGUAAAUGUUUAGCUAAGUACGGUACAGACAAACUGGGACAUUCAGUCGUGUAAACUGUUCGGCUAGGAAAAUUCAGCCGGGAACAAAAUAGCUCGAAAAUCAAUUAUGGGGUGAAUGUAAACUAUUAACAUUGUUAUCACAAAAUAAAAGUAACAUAAUUUUUCUGUGUCUUCAACUUAGUGUAUUUGAUUAUUAAAAUACGGAUUGCGUAUUAUUUUUAAAUUUGAAUAAUUUUGGGGCAUAAUUUUAAAAAAAAUCAAGCAACCAAACAUUUCUGUUCUAAAAAGUUGACCCAGUGAUUCGAGUGCAACGUUUUAAUAUUUCCAUAUAAUUCAUGUUACCAACAAACUCUUAUUUUAUGUCAACAUUCUAUCUUCAUUCAACUGUAACAAUUAAUUAUUUAUCAAUAUUAUGUUUUACAUUUACUUACCAAUACUGUACUCUCCCGUCGCGACUCGUCUGAACUUACACACUACACAUGCGCGAUGUAAAAACAAAACUAAACACACGCCAUGAUUCCUUAUAAAUGAACAGUACACAGGUCUAGCCAGUCGGUCGGCUCUCUUUGAACUUCCUUCAUGUGGUGUAUCACAUCACAUACAUUAUUGCUAUAACUUGCUUUAAUUACGACAUGGAAACUAAGAAAAAGGAUAAAUAUUUUUUGAAAAUGAAAUCCCGGGAAUUUCGAAAAUUCCGGUUUUCAUAAAUCCGAUCCCGGUUUCUUUGAGCAUCCGUUAUGGUCCGGUAUUCUGGUAUUUUCGAGAUUCGGGAUCCCGGGUUGCAACCCCUAGUCCCUAAAUAGUAUUUAAUGAGGUGAUGCGUUGUCUUAUACCAGUGGUAGGAAAAUCGUUGCUCGCGAUCCCAUCGCAUGCGGCUGUUUAACAUCAUGAGUGCGGCUCGCCCAGUCGACCACAAAUCGGGUUUGGCUCCGAAAAACAUGGUUCUUGAGAGGUUCUUGAAAAGAAAUUCGGCUCAGACUUUCUUUACAAUUGUCCUGCUGCUGAUUUUUGGCACUUUUGACUAAUGAGUUUUCCGACCACUUUAUAUAUAUAUAUAUAUAUACUUAUAUAAACUAUAUAGAUAUUGCGUAUGACGCGAUCAGCAGAAUGAGGUCACAAAAUGUGGAGGCUUCGUCCAUAGUAGAAAAUACCAAACCAACUCGAACGUUUAAAAAUCGUAUCCCAUAAUGUGCAAAAGCGAAAACGUUUAUUCUGGUUUCAUUAAUUUUUAUUUGAAAUUUGCUAUAAAUAAAUGUAAUAUUUAAAAACUUAUGGGUAUUUUUUUCUUGUUACUGAUUUACCGACAUUUAUUAACGCACAUCAUUUACAUAAAGAAAUCUCAAGCACAUGUUAAUAUAUUUCCGCCAUAUUGUUUUUCGUUUAUCUCGAUCGUCGGUUAUCUCGACGCUAUCACCGAGGCCGUCGGCAUAACCGGGUUCUACUAAAGAUGUAAUUGAUAUUAUAGCUAUGGUGUCCUAUCAAAACUAUUUUGAGGCUAACAUUUAAAGAUAAUAAGUUAUUUAUAAUUAUUAUUAUUAUUUUUGUUAAAAAAGAAUUCAAAAGAGAGCGAAAAUAAUGUUUAAAUAUUUCAUUUAGUAGCAACUGGUUUUAACAGCUCAGAAUUGUCAAGUUUAAAUUAUAUCUUAAAUUUAAUGAAAAUUAGGGAAUUUUAAAGUUUUAGACCAGCUCCACCGUUGAAUUUUUUGUACUUAGAUUUUUCUCAAAUGAUAUACUAUAAAUUUUAGUUGAAAGGAAUCGCUUGUUAUAUUAUGUCAACCAGCCCGAUGAUGCAAGCAACCCAUUCUGAAUCAUUUAUUUUAUCUGGUAACAUGCCAGUUAAAGGAACUAUAUCAAAGGCGUUGAAUCUAAAAUGAAUCAUGUUGGUACCGAAUGGAUGAAAGAAAACAGAAAUCUCUAGAUACUUAUUUGUUGACAAGCUCAGAUGGUUUGAAAUCAAGUUUGUAGUGAGGCAUUCAGCCCGGCAUUGAAAUUUCCCAUUUGAUUGUUUGAAAAAGUCUCGGACCGGCUACAUAACAUACAAAGUAUUGACAAAUUAGAUACAAAAGGAGAUAUUUUUUAAAUCCUUCAUAAUAACGUAGCUUUUCUUCUUUGCUUCUUUCUUUCUCUUUCUUUCCUUUUUUUUUUUUUUUUUCUUUCUUUUUGGGGGGGAAAUCUUCGGAAUUCUAAUUGACCCACUUCCUGCCCUUCUAUCGAGCUGAAACUUUGCAAUAAAAAAAAAAAUCAGUUUUUCCUGUUUUUCAAUGGACACGAAUAUUAAGUUGUUGUGCAAUGGUUCCGUGUUUUGGUGUGAACAUUAAUUGUGUAGCUGUGGCUAUGUGCUUUGUACUUGUGACUUAUUUGGGUUUAAAUGUAUCUUUAGUCUAUUAGGUUUCACACGCACUAAGUUUGAUAAAGACCACUCCCAUAAAAAAAAUCAGUUGCUACAAUCAUAUAUAUGAUAAAUCACAUACAAUGACAGAAAUUAAAUGCAAACAAAAAUGCAUAUAAAGGAUUUAUUAGAAAAAAAACCAACUGUUUUUAAGAGUAGUUUAAUCUCGUAUAUACAAUAGAAAAGAGAAGGGAGGAACUCUGAAAAUACAUAUUGACACUUAAUGCAUAACGUAAUAUGUUUAUGAAGGAAAAAAAAAACGUAAAGAAUAUAUUGUGAUGAUUGGAACAGAGGACCCUUUUGACUUUUAAGACAUGAUAUACAUUAUAAGACAUGAUAUAUAUUAUAAGACAUGAUAUAUAUUAUAAGACAUGAUAUAUAUUAUAGGACAUGAUAUAUAUUUUAAGACAUGAUAUAUAUUAUAAGACAUGAUAUACAUUAUAAGACAUGAUAUAUAUUAUAAGACAUGAUGUACAUUAUAAGACAUGGUAUACAUUAUAAGACAUGAUAUACAUUAUAAGACAUGAUAUACAUUAUAAGACAUGAUAUACAUUAUAAGACAUGAUAUACAUUAUAAGACAUGAUAUAUAUUAUAAGACAUGAUACAAAUUAUGUCGUGUCUUAAAGGUCAAAAGGAUCCGCUAUUGCUAUCAUCACGUUUCAUCGCACUCCUUGAAAUUCAACCCCAGGUUGAGAAAACCUGCUACAGAAUAGAAUAUAUCAAUAACGAGAUGUAAGGUAAAUAUAUUUUAUUUAUUAGUCUACAAGAAAAGAAACAUUUUUGGUUAAUGUCUUCUGAAUCCAUCAAUCUUACUUUUCAGGUUCAUUAUACACUCAUCACUGAGAUCUGUGGGAUACUACAAUAUCAACUCUUCUGUAGAGACGGUCGCUUGACCACACAGGUUCUAAUUCAUAACACAGGACUAAUGGAAGCCUAGACUCGAAGUUUCUGAAUCGUUAGUUUGGUUGUUUGUUGUUUUUUUUUGGUUCUACUGUCAUGAGGAGAUCACACGUUUACCGUCUGCUGAAGCGAGCUCUCAUCUUGCUGCCAGUACUCUGGCUCGUGUACAGUCUGGCCAGGAUUUUUAUGGUGCCCAGUGAUGCGUCAGAUGGAGACUUGAGUGCAGCCAGAGGUCAGCGUUUCUAUGGGUUCCGAGUGAGCGAUUCAAACGUCAGACGAGAUCAAGUAGAUGGAGAUGGCCAGGCCGCACCCGUGGUCGGGGAGGGAUGGGUUGGUCAGGAACGUGCGCGUGGAAUCGGCCAGUUUCAUGAAGGCAAGGAAAGUCAAGGUCAACAGAUGGACAAGCUGGCAGAAAUGGGAGGAAUCCUGGUCAAAAAGAGACCAGCAGCUGUGUUUGAUGGUACCGAGUUACCUCCCUUCAACGCCAAGCGUGACCCAUCUGGUCCAGGUGAGGGUGCAAGAGUAGACUAGUUCGAGUAAGUGCCGCCACGUGACUUUUGGAGGCCUCCUUGCUACUUUUAGAGCCCCCCGCCACUUAUGGAAGCCCUCUGCCACUUAUGGAGGCCCUCUGCCAGAUUGCGGAGAAUCCUGCAAGUUAAAACAUUUAUUUAUUUUCACAUCAUAAAUUUUGGCCCCAUAAAAAACUCAGACCCCGUCCAGCCACGGGGGCGUGGGGGAGGGGGGCACAAAAUCCACUCUAUGGCCCUGGUUCUAGGACAUUACAUAACACACUUUUUGUAGGUAUACGAAAUAGAAAUGGUAUGAGCUAUUUUUUAAUUUGGUAACCCCCCCCCCCCCAAAAAAAAAAAAAAAAAAAAAAAAAAAAAAAAAAAAAAAAAAAAACAAAAAAAAAAAAAAAAAAAAAAAAAAAAAAAGAGUUCCAUGUUCCGUAUUCAACUUGUAUAAUUUGACGUAAACAAUCCUUUAAACUUAUGCAGAUUUCCUCUCACACAAAAUGCAGCAGAUAAAUUAUUUUUACACGUUAUCUGAUUAGAAACGACAGGUCGUGUAAAGGAGGCGCUUGUCUGCUUAAAUGACUCAUGCACAUGGGCUUUAUUAAUAAUGCAUCUAGCUUGGCAAGUGGAGACACUGCUUGGUGACAGGUGGUCAAAGAUAAUUGUGUUCAAAAUGUUUUGUUCCCAUUUAUCAUUCCCAACUGUGGAUACGGAAACAUGUUUACCUUGAGCGAGACUAACGCUGGGAGAGCCAUUAUAAGGGCUUAAAACUCUUGAACAGUCCAACAUUUUUAUACUCAUUAUUAGUUGGAAACGUUAGGGCUGACCUCUCUAAUCCCUAAUACAAUAGUUGUGCGAAUAAUGCUGGGUCUACAGCAACAACAUAAGAUAUUUUUUAAAUGUGAAUAGUCGCUGAAAAAUGCAUACGUCUGUGAAGACGUUGACUUUGUUAUGUCACUUUCACAGUUACAAGGGGGAUAGUGACAAGCUACAAAAGAAAAAAAAAUAUUAUGUCUAAAUUUCAGUGUAUUUAUUAUUAAAACAUUGAAUUGUAUACACACAGUUUGUUUCAAAGCAUGAUUGUUGAUUGAAACUGAAAUAAAAUGCAGGAUAACGGGGCAUUUCAAUUGACGAUGUUUUCUUUCUACCAGGCGAAGGCGGUGGAGGUGUCGUCGUCGAUGCGAAGACAUUAUCGGAGGUGGAAAAGUCCAAGUACGAUGCAGGCUGGUCGGACAACAGCUUCAACCAGUACGCCAGCGACAUGAUAUCCGUCUAUAGAGGCCUCCCAGACGGCCGCGGUGCAUAGUAAAUGUCUUUUUUUUAAUGCACACUUUUUAUCAAAGUGCAACUAUGCACUCACUUUGUUUAUAUCGUUUCCUUGAUAAGUUUAGAGGUUAGAUAGUAAGCACAUGAACAAUUAGCUGAAGAAUAAUGAUGACUGUAACUCAUUGAUUUUCUGAAAUGCUGUUUUCAAAGUUGUCGAGAUCAGGCCCAAAGUUUCAAGGCGGAGCUGCCUCAAAUCAGCGUCAUUAUCAUAUUCCACAACGAGGCGUGGUCCGUGCUACUCAGAUCCGUCCACAGUAUUUUGAGCCGAACACCAAAGACAUUGUUACGGGAAAUAAUUCUUGUUGAUGAUUUUUCUACCAAAGGUUAGUCACAGGACUGGCUCCGAUUGUAUUGGUCCACCGAAUUUUACUGGAAAUGUACCUGCCAUCAUUAAAUCAGUCCUAGUAAAUUUUAUCUGGCGGCUUAAACAAAAUUGGCUUAGAAAUAAAUUUAAAUUAACAAGAAGAAUUCGGACAGUUCUUAAAUGCUCUAAAUACGAAAUGUCCCUCCCCUCCUCCCCCCCCCCCCAAUGUGUAAAGCAAUAAUAGUACUUUUUAUUUCAUUAAACUAACAGCUUAAAAGAGGAUGGUCUUUUAACUGACUGUGAUGCAAAAAUAAAAUUGGGGGAUAAUUUUUUAAAAAAUCUAAAAGGAAAAUGAAGGAGGACAAAGAUUAACAAAGGCAAAAUAGAGCAAAGGGUGUCUUUGAUUUUUUUAAAAAAAUAAAUAAUUAUUAGUAAAAUACGUUUUCUAUUUUGUUCACGGCCAAUAUGCUCAUAAACCAGUGGUUUUCACAUGUUAAAAUUAUAAUCAUCUCCAGAAUAUCUGAAAGCUCCACUGGAGAAAUAUUUUAACGCAUAUCCAGAAGUUGUUAUUGUGAGAGCCACAAAGCGCCAAGGUCUGACCAGAGCUCGGCUCCUUGGCUACUUUGUGUCUACUGCCCCUGUUCUUGUAUUCCUGGACUCCCACAUAGAAUGUUUCCCAGGUAAAGUUGACAUAAUGGGGAAAAAAGAUGAUUUAAAAAAAAAAGUGAAAUCUGGAACAGCUCUUAUUGAACAUUAUGGUAAGAAUGUCGCUGAUCUGUUCUGUGGAAAUACUCAUAAAAUGUAUAGAGAAUUAUAAUGAAAUGUUUGAGGGAAAAAAUGGUAGUAAAAAAAAAUAAAAAAUGUCAUGGGCAUUUGUUCUACAUUGAAGAGGUUGUGUAGCUUGAACUCAUAAUUUAUAUGUUACGUGCUGUAGGUUUCCUGACUCAUCCCUACUUGCCAUUAGCUGUAACUGUGCGAUCAAUUCAUUCAAGGAUGAUCCGAUAAGGCCACCCACACCACUAAACCGUUAAUUUCUUAUGCUACGUUUAUUUCAUGUGCUACCCGCAGAGUGGGCAGGACCCCUAAGUGCCCGGAUAGGCGUAGACCCCAACGUGGUAGCCUUCCCGAGCAUUGAGGUUAUUGACGACGAAACUCUGGCCACGCAUUCCAACCAAAACGUGAACCAGAACGGCAUUUUCCGGUUUAAGGACCUCACAUUCCAGUGGCAAAAUAUCCCCGAGUUUGAAACGUCCAAAAGAAAAAGUGAUGCAGACCCAAUAAGGUUUUGUUUUUUUUAAAUUAUAGACGUUAUUUUAUUAACUCCUUGUGCUUUACGUUUUUCAAACUGAGGGUUGUGGAGACGGAACGUAAUUUCAGGCAUUUUGUUUGUAUUGAAAUCGGGUGAUCAAAAUGGAACACGACGGUCACCAUAAUGUCUUAUGGAUAUUCUGUAAAGAUCGUGCUAGAGUUGGAAAUAAUUGAAAGCUUGCAUUUUUGAAUAUCAUCUCCGACUCCACAACUCAGAAUCAAAAUUUGAAGCUUUUUAAAAUAAAAACUCUACUUCCAUUCUUGCUUUUUAAAAAAAAAAUCAUCCUUGCCAGGAAUUUGGCUGUCCAUCUUCAACAAAUGUUCAACAUGUGCAUACAUAAUGUACACAUAUAGAGAGAUAGAUAGAUAUAUCAGCUGCUUUAAUGCAUAAUUAGAAUUAGAUUUAAGUCCAAUAUUUAAGCUCAUUUUUACUUAACUCUUAUGUGGGCCGGCUAUCACCACAAUGAAAAUUGAACACGGUUGUCAAAUAGGUUUAUAUUAAAUCUCGUUUCGUUCAAGGAGGGAAUGUAGAGACUCUCUUGCGAAGGACAUUAAAUCUACUUUAAAUUAUAUCCAAGCAUAUUGUCACUUAGGUGAUAUAUGUUCACGGCAUGUUGCCCGUGUCAUGGCUCAGUGUAGUCCUUAUAAUAAUGUGGUGCGGCUGACACAGGAUACCUCUGGGGUGGGGGGGGAUCAUUGAACCCGGAUCCCAGCAAAGGCACAGAGCACAGUCUUAAGACUGCCCUGAAACGGAGCGGCCGGAUAACGUUUUGAGUCCGUCUCAACGAACUCUCUUGAUUGAUGCUCAAGUCUUGUCAGACGUUCAUCCCCUCCCCCGUUCCCAACAUGCCGGUAAGAAAAAAACUCUUUGUGUACAGUUGACACCAGCUGGCCGUCUUUCGUCUGUUGUUCUAUCGCAACGACGAGGAGGUGCCAUGAAGAUCAAUGAUACACACCUUGCCAUGAAAGGUCACGGAUACACACCUGUGUCGUGAAUGUCACAGAUACGCACGGGUGCCAUGAAAUGCCACUGAUAUGCACGUACGCGAUGAAGGUCACGCACCUGUGCCAUGAAAGGUCACUGAUACGCACCUUUGCGGUUCGUUCUAUUAAAUUCGCGCGUCUACAGAAUUGACAAUAGAUGAUCAAAAUAAGUAUAUGUUUUUUUCUGGCCUCGAUAUGUAGCUUCUGCACAUGCAGAAAUAUCUACACAAGGUUGGCUGCACAUAAUUAGUCUCCUAAGGAAUUGUACUAAGGAAGGAACAUCAUCUUCUAUUAAUUAAAUUCUCAUUGUUAUUUUUGGUUUCAAUAUGAAGUCAAUAUUUGACCUAGAUCUUACAGGUAGUAUCAGUUGUGAUUAUGAAUGAGUUAGGGAACUUGUGUUUGUGAGUGAAAAGUUAAAUGUGUACUUAUGUGAACAUUUGUUUGUAAGCGUGUGUGAACAAUGUGUAUGUAUUUACGAACUGUAGUGUAACCAGUUUGGGGGGUGGGGGGGGAGAUAGCGGUCUCUUCCACUGAGAUCAUUUCUCCAAGGUUUAUCUCAAUGAUAUACAUUUUUACAUUUCUUUUAUAUUCGUGGGGCGGGGGGGGGGGAUAUUUAACAAAAAACAACAUUUAUUUAAUAAUAAAAAACCUUUUAUCAAAUUUCUCAUUUAAAACGCACUAGAUGGUAGAAAAAUAAUAUCCUUAAAAUUUCUUAAAAUUCAUGACACAAAAGAAGAUUUUGGCAGAAGGCAAAUACAAGGGAGAGUAUAAAGCCUAAGGAUUCAAAUGAAAUGGAGAAGAUGCUUAAAUGGUGGCUUUUUCUUCAAAUUCUAGAAACUAUUUUCUGCGGAGAUUUUCUUUGCGUAAUAAAUUAUGAGAACAUUAUGUUGCUACCUCUCAGUGUAUUUAAAUGUUUGAAUGCACGUAUGAACGUAUGUGUGUACGAGUGUAUGCAUUAAUGUAUGUAUGGAUGUAUGUAUGAAUGUAUGAAUGUAUGUAUAAAUGUAUGUAUGAAUGUGUGUAUGAAUGUGUGUAUGUAUAAAUGUAUGUAUGAAUAUGUGUAUGAAUGUGUGUAUGAAUCUGUGUAUGUAUGAGUGUAUGUAUGAGUGUAUGAAUGUGUGUAUGGAUGUGUGUAUGAAUGAGUGUAUGAAUGUGUGUAUGGAUGUGUGUAUGGAUGUGUGUAUGGAUGUGUGUAUGGAUGUGUGUAUGAAUGUGUGUAUGAAUGUGUGUAUGGAACUGUGUAUGAAUGUAUGCAUGAAUGUAUGCAUGAAUGUAUGUAGUAAUGUGUGUAUGAAAGUAUGUAUGAAUGUGGGAACAUGCGUUGGCUGAUCCAGGUUCAUCUAGUCACUGAUGUAAAAGAUUCAUUGUAUAAAAUCUAUCAAAUGUUUGGAUGAACCUUGUAAAGUAUUUUAAAAUAGUUUAGAAUAAAUUUAAAGAGUAUAAAUAACAUGUUAGAGACGUUUGAUAGCUUUUAACAUAAUACAAUGAAUUCUGUAACAUCACCUUACAAUAUGCUCACUCAGGUCUCCUACAAUGCCUGGAGGGCUUUUUGCGAUUGGCCGUGAUUUAUUCGAGAGGUUGGGAACCUAUGAUCCAGGCCUUGACUAUUGGGGAGGAGAAAAUAUUGAACUUUCAUUUAAGGUGAGAUUUAAAAAAAACAGCUAUCAAUAAUUUCGUUGAAUUUUACUUAGUUCAUAUCUAAAUCCCCAGGCCUGGAUGUGUCGCAUUAUAUGUCGUAUCUCUAAUUUCUAGGCCUGGAUGUGUGGUAUCAUGUGUCAUAUCUCUAUUCUCUAGGCCUGGAUGUGUGUUAUUGUAUGUCAUAUCUCUAUUCUCUAGGCCUCUAUGUGUGGUUUAUAUGUCAUCUCUAUUCUCUAGGCCUGGAUGUGUGGUGGUAGCGUAGAGCUCAUUCCCUGCUCACACAUCGGUCAUAUAUUUCGUCGAACCAACCCCAUCAAAUGGACCCAGAACAUUGGCAACAAGAACUCCAUCCGGGUGGCUGAGGUGUGGAUGGAUGAUUACAAGAACUACUUUUAUGAGAGAAUUCUCUAUAAUCUCGUACGUACAUUUGUUGUCUUGACACGCUAUAACAUUUCGGAUUAUCUAUUAGUGUCCGUAGGUCAAAUCCACGUUUUGAAGCAGUAAUUUUGUUGCCCCUAGGUGACCACAGACAAUAUUUCAUGAGUUCUCUAGUAAAAUUGCGAUAAAAAACGAAUUCCUUGCACGUUUUAAAAAUGUAAACACUUGAAGAGGAUGUGGAAAUAUUGAUUUGGACAAAAUACCGAAAAUUUAUAUAAAAUCCCAAAAUGAAAGAGUCAAUAUGAAACGCCACAUAGACUGGCUCGCGUCAAAACGACGGUAUUUAACCUGAAGCUGUAAUAUCUUUGAAAAAAAAAAAUGAAGAUCUUUAUCUCUGAAUGUCUUUCCCCAGGUGAUAAGAAAUAGAUAUCUGAUCAAACUUUUUUAAUAAUUGGUUUAUAUUGAUCAUUUAUCCUUUAAAGGGAGAUUACGGCAAUGUAACAGACAGGAGGGAACUACGGCGCAGACUUGGGUGUAAAUCUUUUGAAUGGUACCUACAGAAUGUUUACCCCAAUAUUGUCAUUCCUUCAAAAGUCAAGUACGCAGGGGAAGUAAGUAGGUCAUUCUUGUAAAAACCAAUAACCGUGCGAAUGACAUGAUCUACCGUAGUAAUAAAUGGGAGCCAAGUAACAAUUUAAUUGCAGAAGAGUUUACUUACAUACCUAACACUUUUUAAAGUUAAUUUUGAUGAAAAAAAACCAUGUCUUAUUUAAAUAAUAACUACUAUUUCUUGUGAGUAAUUUUCUGUAAUUGAUUCUUGGUAAAAAAAAAUAAAACAAAUUAAGAUUAAAUUUUGCAAUGAUAAAUUUUAAAAAUGCUUUUCUAUUUAUCUUUACUUUUUAAUAGAUAUUUUUUUUUGUAUACUUUUUUAAAUAUAUAAGUAUAACGUCGGUAAAAAGGCGAUUUCCUUUAAAGGCACCAAACACCUUUUGAAUGAUUAUAACAUACAAAUUACUGCAUUUUCUACGUAGCGUUAUUUCAAUAUGCAUCAAUACGGGUCGUGAAUGAAUCAUUAAGAAAAAUGUGAAUAAAAUGUAACGAUAAUUUUUGUACUCACUUAUGUCAAUCGUUGAUAUUCGAAAAUGGUAGAGGCAGUAACUAACUGGGUAGAGGCAGCAACUAACUGAAUAGGGGCAGUAACUAACUGGGUAGAGGCAGCAACUAACUGAAUAGAAGCAGUAACUAACUGGGUAGAGGCAGCAACUAACUGAAUAGGGGCAGUAACUAACUGGGUAGAGGCAGCAACUAACUGAAUAGAAGCAGUAACUAACUGGGUAGAGGCAGCAACUAACUGAUUUGAGGCAGUAACUAACUGGGUAGAGGCAGCGACUAACUGGAUAGAGGCAGUAAUUAACUGGGUAGAGGCAGCGACUAACUGGAUAGGGGCAGUAACUAACUGGGUAGAGGCAGCAACUAACUGGAUAGGGGCAGUAACUAACUGGGUAGAGGCAGCAACUAACUGAAUAGAGGCAGUAACUAACUGGGUAGAGGCAGCAACUAACUGGAUAGAGGCAGUAACUAACUGCGUAGAGGCAGCAACUAACUGGAUAGAGGCAGUAACUAACUGGGUAGAGGCAGCAACUAACUGAAUAGAGGCAGUAACUAACUGCGUAGAGGCAGCAACUAACUGGAUAGAGGCAGUAACUAACUGGGUAGAGGCAGCAACUAACUGGAUAGAGGCAUUAACUAACUGGGUAGAUGCAGUAGCUAACUGGAAAGGAAAAAAAUGUUAUGACUGACAUUAAUUUUGACCACUUAUCCACAGGUCCGUAACUUUGCAGCCCCUAGAUGUGUCGAUAGCAUGGGUGGACCAUCGGCCAGUCAGCCAGCCCCCAAGAUGUACCCUUGUCACAAUCAGGGCUACAAUCAGUUUUGGUACCUCACUGAGGAGGGAAAGUUGUCCCAGGACGAAUGGUUGAUUUGUCUGGUGAAUGGUGCCGUAAUGAGUAGCUCUGGAUGUUUAAAUACUGGUCCCACCUGGCAGUACAGGCAGGUGUGUUCCCAGGGGUGUGCGUCUUUGUUCAACUUAACCUUUCGAAAGGCACACAUGACAUAGUCAAUGCACGCAUGUAAAAGUAAAUGCACACAUGUAAAAGUAAAUGCACACAUGACAUAGUAAAUGCACACAUGUCACAGUAAAUGCACACAUGGCAUAAUAAAUGCACACAUGUAAAAGUAAAUGCACACAUGGCAUAGUAAAUGCACACAUGGCAUAGUAAAUACAGACAUGUAAAUGCACACAUGUAAAAGUAAAUACACAUGUCAUAGUAAAUGCACACAUGUAAAAGAAAAGGCACAUAUGUAAAAGUAAAUGCACACAUGCGGAAAAGUUGACAAGGAUGUAUUGUCAUCGACAAUGAGUCUAUGUGCCAAGUCUCAGUUCGAUAGGUCGAUGGGAAUUAGCAAUCCGAAGAAUUUGCCAGGCAACCAUCCACCCACAAACAAAAGUGAAGUAACUAUACAAGUUUUUAAAAAGCAAUUAAUUUAAGUGUUUUGGGGGCUUAUACAGCAUAAGCAGUGAACUUGAUGACAUAGCAAGCAAGAUGACAUAACUAUCAAGCUUGAUGACAUAACUAGCAAGCUUAAAGGACAUAACUAGCAAGCGUGAUGACAUAACUAGCAGCCUUGAUGACAUAACCAGCAAACGUGAUGACAUAACUAGCAUCCAUUAUGAAAUAACUAUAAAGUUUGAUGACAUAACUAGCGCGCUUCAUGACAUAGCUAGCAAGCUUGAGAAUAUAACUAUCAAGCCUUAUGACAAUUAAUCUCUAGUGAAGAUUUACGAUUCUUUAAAGAAUGCCUGCUUUAUUUUUUCAGGACAAGACAAUUCAUCACAUUCCGACUGGGAAAUGUUUGACCCCAGGCAUCAACGAUGACAACAUAUCACUGACACUUUGUUCUGACAGCCGGUGGCAAAAGUGGGAGUUUCAAGCAAGAAGAACAGAUGUAAACUUUCCCGGAUGGCGUUGACUCUCUGUACAGCUGCGUUCAUUUGUCACAAAUAAACCGCCACAUACAAUAGCGCUGACUUACUUUUCAGUUGUUAACCAACACGAAAGAAGCACAAUUCGUGAAUGCAGUUUUGAAACUUAGACGCGUGUAAGCAUUGGUGAAUAAGAUCCUUGUUCAAAUAAAUUAUUGCCGACUUCAAAGCGUUAAAUGUGUAGCACGUUAUAAGAACACAGAGAUAAACUAGGAUGGAAUGUGGCUGGAG